AUGGCUGAUGACCCGGACGGGCUCGACGACCCAGAAGAGCCAAAUGACCAAGACGGGCCCAACGACCAAGAUGAGCCCGACGACCAGGACGGGCCUCACAACCCAGACAUGCUCGACUACACGGACGGACCCGAUGACCCAAACGGGCCUGACAACCCGAACGAGCCAAAUGAACCCGACGACACGGACGGGCACGAUGACUUGGACGAGCCCAAUGACAAGGACGGGCCCCAUGAUUCGGUUGGGCCUGACGACUCGGAAGGGCCCGAUGACCUAAACGAGCCCAACGACCCGAACGGGCCCAAUCACCUGGAUGGGCCCGAUGAUCCAGAUAGGCCUAAUGACUCGAACGAGCCCGAUAACCCAGAUGGGCCCGGCGACCCGGAUGGGCCCAACGACAUGUACGGGCCUAAUCGGGUCAUUGGGCCUGUCCGGAUCAUCGGGUCCGUAUGGGUCGUUGGUCCCGUUCGGGUUGUCGGGCUCGUCCGGAUCGUCGGGCCCGUUCGGAUCGUUGGGCCCGUCGAGGUCGUUUGGCCCGUCCGGUUCGUCGGGCUCGUCGGGUCGUCAGGCUCGUCGGGUCGUCGGGCUCAUCCGGGUCGUUGA